GGUUAUUGUUGUUUAAUGUUUACUUCGAGACUGUUUAUCAUUUUAUUUACUCUAUAAGAAAAUGGUACGAAAAUGUCGAAUAUGUAUGAUUGAAUUAGACGAAAUAAACAGUAUAAAUUUAACAUACAACUGUACUGAUGGUCUUACAGUUUUACAAAAGCUAGUCGAAGUUUCUUCCGUAAAUAUUCCUGAAAACGACACUCUUGGGUCACAGUAUAUAUGCAGAACAUGUUUCUGUAAGCUAGAGGACUGUUACAUCUUCAGAAACUUAAUAAUUAGCUCCGAGUCGAAAUUUAGAGCCCUAGAGUGUAAAACCACUAUGCUUGACUUAGAGAGCAUUGAAAACUCAAUAGUUAAUGAUAUAAAUUCCAUAAACAAUUAUGAUAAUGAAAAGUUUGAUCCUUUAAGUGAUGUUCUUUACAACGACUUAGAAAAAGAUCAAGAAAAUGUAAGAGCUUGUGAUGAAUUCUUUUCAGACAAAUUAAAUAACACACUAGACAGUGAAGAAGAAAAAAAAUUUGAAAUUACUGCCAUUAAAGAGCGAUUGUAUAAAUGCGGAGAAUGUUGUAAAUCGUUUAAGAAAUGUGACCAUUUACGUGUACAUAUGAUGUAUAAACACUGCGCAAAACAGUUUCAAUGCAAUGUAUGUUAUAAAAAAUUUGCAAGGAAGUAUGAUUUAGCCUACCAUCAUAGGGUGCAUACCGGUGAAAGACCAUAUAAAUGCGAGACUUGUGGAAAGUCAUUUGGUUCAUCAAAUUAUUUUAAUAUCCAUAAGAAAAUUCACUCGGGAGUUAGGAAACAUAAAUGUGAACAUUGCCAAAGUGCGUUUGUGAAUUCAGAACAAUUACAAAUUCACGUUAGACAAAAACACACUGGAGAAAAACCUUAUAUGUGUGAAUCGUGCAGUAGAACCUUCACAUCUAGUAGCACGUUGCACAGGCAUAAACGUGACGUACAUGGAGAAAAAGUGCCUUGCCCACAAUGUUCUAGAUUAUUCAGCCGGAGAGUUUUAAGUGAGCAUUUGAAAAGACACAGGGAAAAGGAAGCAGGCAUUAAGAAGUUCAGCUGUGAAGAAUGCGAUAAAAAAUUUACUUGUUACAGCAGCAAAAAAAGGCAUAUGGCUAUACAUAGUGGAGAAAAAGCCUUUAAAUGUGAGGUUUGUAAAAAAAGGUUUAAUCAGAAAAACACUCUUCAGAGCCAUAUGCGAGUCCAUUCUGAAGCAAUGCCAUAUCACUGUGAGUUAUGUAUAAAGAAUUUUAGGUAUAAGCAUCAUCUAAGGAUACAUAUGGAAAAUUAUCAUAAAAGUGAUGAAAAUAUAAAUACUAACUUAUGCUUAUGAGAUACUUAGUUGGAACCAAUGACUAAAGAAUAUAAAGAC